AUGAGCUGGCAACCAAACCAGGAGUCCCUCGGGACACUCGCGACAUGUCUCCGGGACUCGCUGAGCGGCUUCAACAAGACCGCCCAGAAGCAGGCCGAAAUUAUGCUCACGCAAGCGAAAGCGAGUCCCGAUAUCAACAAUUACCUGGCAUUCAUCUUUUCGAGUGCCACUCCAGCGCCGGGCACACCGGUGCAGCAGCCCACCGAAUGGCAUGUGGUCCGAUCUGCUGCCGCCAUCAUGCUCAAGAACAACAUCAAGAGCAACCUCAAGGGAAUCCCCGAAAGCAGUCUCCAGUUGAUCAAACUGGCCAUUCCUCUCGGUAUCCAGGACACCAACUCUCAGAUCCGCAGCUUUGCUGGCAACCUUGCGACCGAAAUCGUCCGUUGUGGAGGACUUUACAGCUGGCCUGAGCUCCUCGAGGUUCUGCUCAAGAUGAUUGGCAACGAAGGAAACCAGUACUCGAACGAGGCCCAAGAAGGUGCCAUGGCCGCCAUGUCCAAGAUCUGCGAAGACAACACCAAGGUUUUGGAACGGGAGCAAAAUGGCCAGCGGCCGCUCAACAUCCUUCUCCCCAAAUUCAUCGAGGCUACCAAGAGCCCCCUGCCAAAAGUCCGCGCUCUGGCCCUCAAGGCCAUCAACGAGUUCACCCCAAGGAAAAGCCAGGCCAUGCUCAACGUUAUCGAUACCCUUCUCCAGCAUUUGUUUUAUCUCUCCGAAGACAAGUACCCCGAUGUGAGGCGAGAGGUGUGCCGCGCCUUUGUCCGGCUAGUUGAGACCCGGCCCGACAAGCUGCUGCCUCAUAUCGGAGGUUUGGUCGACUACAUCCUUACCCAGCAAAAGAGCGACGACGAGGAGCUCGCCACAGAGGCGGCUGAGUUCUGGUUGGCUGUGGGCGAGCACGACAAUCUCUGGCAGGCCCUUGAUCCCUACCUCGGCAAGAUCAUCCCCGUGCUUCUGGAAUGCAUGGUGUACAGUCCCGAGGAUAUUGCUCUCUUGGGAGGCGCGUCCGACGACGAAGACGAGGAGGAUCGAGAAGAGGAUAUCAAGCCAAAGUUUGCCAAGAAGAACUUGAAGCGCGGCGCUGCUGGUGCUGAGGAGGGUGAAAGCCAGGAGGACAACGGCUACGAGAAGAUGGCCGAGGAGGGUCUGGAGGAGGGCGAGAUCGACGACGAAGAUGAGGACGACGACGGCGAUGAGAACCCUGAUGAGAAGUGGACCCUCCGCAAGUGCUCUGCGGCAGCGCUCGACGUUUUUGCUGGCGAUUUCGGCGGCAAAGUCUUCCACUCUAUUCUCCCCUAUCUGCAAACAAACCUGAAGCACGAGGACUGGCCACGCCGCGAAGCUGCCGUGCUUGCCCUCGGCGCCGUUGCCGAUGGCUGCAUGGGUGUUGUUGUGCCCCAUCUGCCGGAGCUUGUCCCCUACCUCAUCAGCCUCCUUGAGGACCCGGAGCCGGUGGUCCGUAUCAUCACAUGCUGGACCCUGAGCCGGUAUUCAUCAUGGGCUGCGAGCCUCACAGACGGGGCCCAGAAACAAAGUUACUUUGAGCCCCUCAUGGAGGGCAUCCUUCGCAGGAUGUUGGACAAGAACAAGAAGGUGCAAGAAGCGGGUGCCUCAGCCAUGGCCACCCUUGAGGAAAAGGCCGGCAAACAGUUGGAACCGUACUGCGGGCCGAUCAUCCAGCAGUUUGUUCUAUGCUUCAGCAAAUACAAGGACAAGAACAGAUGGGUUCUCUAUGACUGCGUCCAGACGCUGGCCGAGCAUAUUGGACCGGUUCUGGCUCGCCCCGAGCUUGCUGGCCAGCUCAUGCCCACCAUCAUCGACAGAUGGCAAAGAGUACCAGAUCAGUCGCGGGAAAUGUUCCCCUUGCUAGAGUGCCUAUCCUACAUCGCCAUGGCGCUCGGGGAUGCCUUUACUCCUUAUGCCGAGCCGAUCUUCAACAGAUGUGUCAACAUCAUUCACCAAAACCUCGAGCAGUCCAUGCACGCCAAAACAAAUGCCAACUUUGAUCAGCCUGACAAGGACUUUUUGGUCACCAGUCUUGAUCUUUUGAGCGCUAUCAUCCAGGCCCUGGACAACGCCAAGGCGGCAGAGCUUGUUACAAGAAGCCAACCGGCCUUCUUUGAGCUCUUGAGCUUCUGCAUGGAGGAUCCUUCCGACGAGGUGCAGCAGUCGGCCUACGCCCUGGUUGGUGACUGCUCAAAGUAUGUCCCCGAGCAGCUGAGGCCGUUCAUCCACAAGAUCUUCACCAUUCUGGUCAAGAAGCUCGACCUGGACGACAUCUUGGACGAGGAGAUUGACAGCAGCUUUAGCGUUGUUAACAACGCCUGCUGGAGCGCCGGCGAGGUGGCGAUGCAGUUCAAGGAGGAGAUGGCGCCGUUCGUACCAGAGUUGCUGCGGAGGUUCGUCGAGAUCAUCUCCAAUCCUGGUGUGCCUGGCGGCGUGGUCGAGAACGCCGCGAUCGCGUUGGGCAGACUGGGUCUCUUCCAUGCCGCCAUCAUCGCGCCUCACCUUCCCAAGUUUGCGCACGAGUUCCUCACCGUCAUGGACGAGGUCGACACAUCGGAGGAGAAGGCGACUGCUUUUAGGGGAUUCUGCAACGUCGUCGCUCAGAACCCACAGUCGAUUGAGAAUGUGCUGCUGGCUUUCUUUUCGUCGAUUGCGAGGUACCAGGACUUGAAGCUGCGCAACCCCAUCAAGCAGGAGUUGCAUGAGGCUUUCUUGAGUGUCCUCAAGAUCUACCAGCAAUUGAUUCCGGGGUUCGUCGAUUUCCUCAACAAGCUCCCGCCACAAGACCAGCAAGCACUCAAGACGACAUAUGGUCUCUAGGAUCAAGGUUAUUGCCGUGGCAGAGUCUAAGCGCUAGCUGCAUUGUGGGCUUGGAUUCACCAACGGACGGUGAAUGUCAUCGGGGUUCGCGAAGGGUAGAUUCUCACCAUCAUUGCUACUGCUGUUGCUACUGCUCUGAUCGUGUAUUCUUUCAUGACGAGAGAGAGAUGAGUGGGGAUUUAAUAGAAACACAAUGUGUCCCUGGCAGCAGCUCAUAGGUACCCCCAUUCUUGUUUCCCGAAUCAUCAACCCAACAACACAUGGCACGUUUCACGAAUGAAAAUCAUGUCCCCCAUCCUCUUAGCGGAAGAAACAUCAUUACAUAAGUAGAUAGUCCGGUUUUUACUCUUUUCUUUCUUUCUUUUUAUUUUUUUCCAGCUUUGCGGACUUUUCAAAAGGAAAGAAGACAGAGAAAGUGUAUACCAUACCCUUGCGCUCUUUUUUUGAUGGUGGUUAAUUUGGAGUGAUUGAUGGUUUUGGUAGUAGGUAGGUUUCUUUGAGAUUGUUGAUAUCUUGAUGGAUUUGUUGCGUGUCUUUCUUAGGUAAAUGGUGUGUGACUUUUGUGAUUUUUUUUUUUUUGCUUGUGAGCUGGAGUGGGGAGAUGAUGAUGAGUUGGUUACACAGUGAGGGUGUUGAGUUGUGUUCAGCGGAGGCAGAGUCGGGGUUUGUUUAUUUCUACCAAGUGGAGAGCAGGUGAGGGAACGAUAAAGAAGAGGAAGCAUUUGUGAAAGUAGCGAAGAGGGUUGGCAGUGUCAUUAACGAGAGGGUGUGGACUUUUGAAGGUGGAAUAGGAGAGGAGGGAGGACACUACAAAGGGAGUUGGGCUUGUGUGGAAAUAGGCCUCAUGAAAGGAUGGGCAGAGGAGGUGGAUAAAACAUUGAAGGAAAUGUAAUCAAAAGAGGAGGAACAUUGACAAGGCAAAAGCAUUUGUCAUGGGUGGUGGACCUGAUUGGAAGGGUCAAAAAAUGGUAGAUGGUAUUUUUCUUUCCUCGAGUCUUUAGAUAGGAAACAACUUUAGCAUAGCACGACAACAGUAGAUAGGUAUAUAGCGUUAGGUAGAUAAAAACUUUACUCGGUGUUUUGUAAAUAGUACAUGUAGUUCAUCUACUCCAG